AAAUUGGAUUCUUUUCUACUGACUUCACAACCACUCAACCCAUACACACAGCACGAACAUGACGGCCAGAGGCCUUUACAUUCCCGCCAUACCCACCCCCAACCACCUCCCACCCUUCACUUCAAAAUCCCCGCUAUUCCCACCACCCUUCGGCCACCACCACCGUUUCUCCGCCACUACUCUCACCCGCUCUUCCCUCACAGACCAGCCCCAGACGCUCUCAGCUAAGAGCCACCUCCUCACCCUCAUCAGUGACCAAGAACGCGGCCUCAACACCCAAUCCAACCCACAAAAGCUCUCCCAGAUCAUCCAAGCCAUUGAUGCCGUAGCCGAGCUCGGCCGGGGCACAACCACCACCGACGACUCCCUCUCUGCCACGUGGCGGAUGCUGUGGACCACGGAGAAAGAGCAGCUCUACAUCAUAAAAAACGCAUCAGUUUUUGGUACCAAAGCCGGUGAUGUUUUGCAAGUGAUUGAUGUCCAGAACAAAACCCUCAAUAAUGUCAUCACUUUCCCACCUGAUGGGGUCUUCUUCGUCCGGUCUACUAUCGAAAUCGCAUCCUCACAGCGGGUGAAUUUCAGGUUUACAAGUGCAGUCCUUCGUGGGAAGAAUUGGGAGUUGCCUUUGCCUCCUUUUGGCCAAGGGUGGUUUGAGACCCUGUACCUUGACAAUGAGAUUCGGGUUGUGAAAGAUAUUAGGGGAGACUAUUUGGUUGUUGAACGGGCUCCCUAUUCUUGGAAGGAGUGAUGGUGGAUAACUUGAUAUCAACCUGUUUUGAUUUGUGCCUAUAAGCAAAACGUAUCUUGAAAACCAUAUUUUUGUACUCCAACGACCAAAUGUGCUAGUUGUACAGAAUUACCACGGAUUUAAAUGUCACUGAGUUGAUAUAAUCUUCUUUAGAUUAGUUUGUAAUAUUGCUGAAUAGUAAGUUAUUUGUAUUGGUCCCAAAAUUGUUUGUGUUAGUUGUAAUGCUACUUGUACCGUUUUCUAGUUUUGGCAAUCUCAGGAAUGAACUUGUGUCA